ACAGCUGGGUUUGCCGGAGGGUGGACCCUUGGGACAGUCCCUGCCCCGCUAGCUGUGCAUGCGCCCCUGGGGAGAACAGAGGGCGGGACUGCGGGAGCUCAGAGCUCCCACCUCCCUCCCAAGGCAGGAGGCUCCCUUAGAUCCUCUCGCCCUUAGGCUCUGCUCUGUCGCUGGCGCUCUUGUCACUAAGUCCGGCUCGUACUCGUCGGCGCGGCAGCGGCGUGAAUAGCCUCCGUGGCCAGGGCCUAUGGCCGGCCGUGGCGUGAGGAUGGUGGGGCUUGCGGCCGCGGCAGCAGCGAUGACAGCGGGAGUGUUCUAUGCCGUGUGGAGCUACGUGUCCUCCCCACGCACCGCUCCCGAGCCAGAGUUGCCCGGAACACAUCAGGGAGAGCCUCGGACUGCUUCUCCUCCGCAAAUGGGGAGGAAAGAGAAAAAAGAAGUGCUUGUGGUGGGGGGAAAGAAGGACGAGAGUAGCACCUCGGUUGUUCCAACCCAGAAGCAGUCACAGGACAAAGUCCCAAAUAAGCAAGUCCUCGUGCUGGGCUUGGAUGGAGCAGGAAAGACCAGCGUCCUUCACACCCUCACCACCAACAAAGUCCAGCAUAGCAGCGCUCCCACGCAGGGCUUCAAUGCAGUUUGCAUCCACACUGGCGACGUGCAAGUGGAGUUCCUGGAGAUUGGUGGCAGUGAGCCUUUCCGUUCUUAUUGGAAGAUGUAUCUCUCCAAGGUGCUGGUCUUAAUCUUUGUGGUGGAUUCAGCAGAUCACAGAAGAUUACCUGAUGCCAAGCAGCAUCUUCAUCAAUUGAUCCAAAAAGACCCAGCCCUUCCUCUAGUCGUUUUUGCAAAUAAACAGGAUCUUGAAGAUGCAUAUUGUAUCACAGACAUUCAUGAGGCUUUGGGAUUAUCUGAGAUUGGAGAUGAUAGAAAGCUGUUCCUUUUUGGAACCCACAUAACCAAGAAUGGCUCAGACAUCCCUUCCAGCAUGCAGGAUGCACGAGAACUGAUUACACAGCUGGUCUUGGAAGCUCAGUGAGCAGUGCUCUCUAAAGUGUCUGUUGGUCCUUAUAACUCAAGAAUGUCGUGUUGCAAGCUUGAAGCCAAAAAGGUUUUUAUUUUUAAAUAGAAGACAAACCUUAUCCUAUUUUCUUCUCAGUACAUGGAACUUAGAUGAAUAAGAUGUUAAUUUAUUUAAAGCAUCUAUUUUAUUUAGAUACUGACAUAUACUAUGAAUUUAUAUUUUUGAAACUAUGUUUUUAGAAACCUUGGGUUUUUGUUCAGCAGAAUUAAAACAUAAGUGAAAAAAUGAAUUUUCUGCCUAUUUGAGAAGUACUUCAGGAAUCUACAAUUUUGUGGGCUGCAUUGCACCAUCUAACUUAAAAGACAGUUUUUAAAGUGUUGACAUGUCCAAAAAUUGAAUUGCCUGUGGUCAGCCUGGUGAUGAGUCCCUUUUGCAUCCUGCUGAAUCACUGGACCUUUACUUAAAGCUUUUCCAGCUGGGUGGGAUUUGCCUGACUUUGCCCUCUAUUGGUAGAACUUUCAAGAAUCCAGCAUCACCUCAAUGCCAUGAAUGGGGCAUCAUAAUAAAAUUUUAAUGAAAUAAAUUUUAAAGUAAUAAUGAAGAGAAAAUAGUACCAAGCAAGUAAAAUAGAAAAAUGAACAUGAAUCUUUUUUAGGUUUAUUUUUUUUUAGCUAACAAGCAUUUUUCUCUCCCUCUACUCCCCACAACCCAUUAUAAAAAACAGAACCCUUGUAACAAUUUUUUUUUAAUUUUGAAAAGUUUAUGUAAUUAAUUUAGAAUAUUUUUCCAUGAUUACAAGAUUCCUAUUCUUUCCUGCCCCUCUUCCCCUUAUCCCUCCCUUCCAUAGCUGACUCACAAUUCCACUGGGUUUUACAUAUGUCAUUGAUCAAGACCCAUUUCCAUAUUAUUGAUAUUUGCACUAGGGUGAUCACUUAGAGUCUGUAUUCCCAAUCCCUUGUAACAAAUAUAAUCAAACAAAACAAAUUUUCAAUUUGUUCAUGUCCCAAAAUUAAACGUUCUCUGAGUUAAGAGUUUGAAAUUUAAAAGAAAUAAUUUGUAAGAUGGAGAUGGAUAAGAAAAAGUAUGGAAUUUAUUUUGCAAUUUUAUUUUCAAUUUUCAUAUCUUCCCUUUUAUAUUACAUUUGUUGUUGGCUUUGUUUAGAAAACACUGCAAGAAAAUAUAUUAUGAGAUUGAUCAUCUACACAAACAAUUGUAUAAAAUCAAGCCUUUAACCUUAGUUGCUUGUCUGACUACUAUUUCCCCCCUUUCUUUUACAGAUUUGAAAAGUGAUUUAUGACUCUUAACAUGGAGAUACUGAUACAGAAUUUUUCCUUCUAUAAUUUGAGACCUGUGGUAGAACAUGAAAUCCAAAGAUAAUGAAAACAGUUAAAUCCUCUCAACUUUAGAUUAUAUCCUUCUCCUGUUUUCCCUUUUUUAGUUUUAUUCAAUGUUUUAUUGAUGCUUUUUGGUUUUUACAUAUCAUUUGCUACUUCCAUCUACAGUAACCUUUCCUUUGUAACAAGGAAAUAGUUAAGCAAAACCAACCCACCCAAUGACCAUGUCUGAUAAUAGCCUACAUUUUCUUUUUUCCCCUUGUUUUAGCUUCAAAUAUUUAUGGAGGAGGGGGGUAUUUUUAAUUAUUACUACUAUUUUUUUAGUUAUUACUAAAUUGAAUUUUUGGUCAUGUCAUUGCUUGUAUGUUUCCAUGAGUGCCAUCUGGGAUUUCUAGAAGGGCCAACCAUAGAAAGCUGGAUGCAUAUUAUAUAUUCUCCCUUAAGGCAGAGUUAAGAUGUAAGGAACCAAUCCUACCUCCUAAGAUAGAGGUUACUUUCAUGGCACGUUUUCUUAACAGUUAGAGACUAAAGAGCAGACCCAAGAAAUGGGAGGCUUGAUAACUAGAAGAAUAACUGUGGCUGAACUGAUGUGGUGUAUGUGUGUACCAGUGGAGUCUUUGGACAAUGAGUUUCACAGCUCCCCCCCACUCCAAAGAGUGGCAUUCUCCAUCUACACUCAGUAUUCCAGACUGCCAGAGUGAAGACUGUAUAAAUAAACUUGUGCUUGCCGUGAAAUCCA